CAGUGAUAAUAGCGAACAGAAUCACGAUUUCCAGAUCCAACCAAGACCAAAAAAAAAGAGAUCAGCGUGUGAGACAGUGACAACACAUAGUCCAGGACAGUCACAUUACAUGCAUUCAACACCAACAGAAAUUAAAACAACUGUCACGGGACAGUGGCAGGGCACUGACUCAAGUGAUCAUGGUAAUGAGAAUGCUUGGAAUCAACUUCAGCUUUGCAGCGAUUUAUAUGACCACAGCUCAGGAGUUAUUGAUCUGACCAGUGCAGUCCCUAAAGAAUCCCCCCAGCUAGAGUCAGCUCACACCCAUCAUGAGGCCUCUGAAUUUGAUCCAGGUAUAGAUGAGGCUGAUACAGUUGUAUGGAAUCCCGAAGAGGACCUUGUCAGAGCCGAUGCUGAUGAGGCAGUCGUGAUAAUGCUGAAUUGUGUCAACAGUGACGAUCUAAUACAGGACAAUGGACUGAAUUUCACAGCACAAGAUUUGCCCUUGGUUUCUAGCAGCCAACUUUCCCCAUCAAAUUCAGCUGGCAACCCAGGAAAUCCAGAGAGCCCCCGACGUAUAUCUGUUCGCAGGGUAAAUGUUGUUGAAGAUCUUUUGGCUAUAUUUAUGGACAGCAGCAUAAUUACUGUGACUUUAAAGAUGGACUUUGUAAAUGAAAAAGCUGUUGAUGAUGCUGGGGUGUCAAGGGAGGUUUACACUGCCUUUUGGGAGCAAUUUUUGGAACAGUGUGAAGGUGAAACAGAACGAGUUCCAAGGCUGAGGCCAGACUUUGGUGAGGCAGAGUGGAAAGCAGUUGGACACAUUUGGGUGAAAGGAUUGCUGGAUUAUGGUGUCAUUCCGGUGAGACUAUCAAAGGCUUUCAUUUUAGCAUGCAUUCAUGGAAUCGACUCAGUUGAUGCAGACAUCCUGAUGUCAUCGUUUUUAAACUACCUCCCUCCUGUUGAGAGACCAGCUGUUGAGAAGGCUCUCAAUGGCACAAUGGAUGAAAGUGAUGAAGAGGACCUGCUUGACCUUUUUACAAGGAUGGGUUCCCACUCCCUACCUCCUCAGAACAACAUGCAGCCUGCCAUUGAGGCAAUGGCUCAUAAGGCGAUUCUCCAAGAGCCAAAAUAUGUAGUUGAUUGCUUCUCCACAGCCAUGGCAUGUGUACAACUGAAACUGUCAAACAGGGAAAGUGUGGUGUCUCUGUAUGAGACAAAGAAGGCCACAGGCAAAAGAGUAUCACAACUAUUUCAAACAACAAAGGUGAUGCUGUCUCAAAUAGAACAAACAACCUUUAACCAUCUUCAGCGAUAUGUCAAAAAUGCUGAUGAAAGCAAAGCUGAGAAAAUCCUGCGUUUCUGCACAGGGUCUUCUGUCAUCUGUGUUGACAAAAUUCUGGUGUGCUUCAAUGCUGAAACAGGGCUGAACAGAAGGCCUGUUGCUCAUACCUGUGGAGCUACUCUUGAAGUACCGUGCACUUACACUUGCUAUCCUGAUUUUCGCACGGAGUUUGACAACAUCCUUUCCAGCAAUUACUUGGAAAUGGACAUCAUUUGA